UUUGUCGUAAUCGCCGUAAUGCGGAACUGUUUAUGUUACGUUGGAGAACGAACUACGGACCCUUUCACGAAACAUAUCGAGUGUAGCCCCCUUCUCCCGGCCAGGAUGCUACUUUUUGUUGUGGUGUGCGGCCUGUCACUAUCAGUGAUGGGUCAGCAGGUGGACCAAGAAUGGCUCGACCCUUACGAUAUGCUCAACUACGAUGCAAGCACCAAAACGAUGAGGAAACCUGCUGAGCCAGAAAGACAUUAUUCUAAUGUGCCCACCAAACGAAGAGAGUACACUCAGGACUCCAGCCAGGCUGAGCUGACGUCUUGUACCAAACAAGUAGGGGAUCUACAGCUACAGAUUGAAGAUCAAAAAAAGAUGAUCACACGCAUGUCACAGCAGCCUACAUGCAAUCCAGUGUUCAAGAGAUUCCUUAGCAGACUCCUGAAGGAAAUCCAGAGAGUGGGCGUGCCCAGUGACUCCACAGACAUCUUCUAUGAUGCCAAAAUCAAACUGUCCAGACAAGCCUUGACAGAGAUUCAGACGCUACUGGAGGGUGAAGACAGAUGGAGAACAGGGGCUCUGGACAAUGCUGUCAGUCAGAUACUGGUGGACCUUAAACAGCACGACUAUGAGGCCUGGAAGUGGCGUUUUGAAGACACCUUUGGCAUUGAGCUUGACACACUAUUAAAGAUUGGAAUGUUUGUUCUGAUCUUAAUGGCUAUCAUCAGCACGCAGCUGUGGUCACUGGUUUCCUGGUUCGUGCAAUUCAAGAGACUGUUUAUUAUCUGCUUCUUCGUCAGUGUCAUCUGGAACUGGUUCUAUCUGUACAAGAUUGCUUUUGCUGAGCACCAAAACAAUAUAGUAAAGAUGGACAGCGUCUAUGAAAAAUGCACUGGAGUAAAGAAGAUUGACUGGAGUGAUAAUCUGAAAGAGUGGUACAGAAGCACCUGGACUCUUCAAGAUGACCCUUGUAAGAAAUACUAUGAAGUCCUAAUGGUCAACCCCAUUCUGCUGGUACCUCCAACCAAGGCGUUCUCAGUUACCAUUACAACCUUCAUCACAGAGCCAUUGAAACACUUCGGCCAGGGAAUCAGUGAGUUCCUUCGAGCGCUCCUGAAGGAUCUACCAGUUACCCUGCAGAUCCCUGUCCUGCUCACUAUUGUGCUGUCCAUUCUGGUGUUCAUGUAUGGAAGUGUGCAGGCAGCCUUCCAACAUGGUAUCAUGGCACCUCUACGCCGCCCUCGAAGGGAUCCGCCUCAUCCAGAACUUCAGCAGCCACAGCCUCAUCAUUUGAGGAUCGAAGACCAUGGUUACUUGGCAGGAGGAGAUGCACCUACACCUGCACCUGCACCUGCACCUGCGCCUGCACCCCAACCAGCACCCCAACCAGCACCUGCACCCCAACCAGUGCUACAACGUGCCCCAAGGCAACAAGGCGACGAUCCCAGAUUACACAGGAAUCAUGUUCGACAGAGGCGGCUCAGGGAAGAGCCACCCCGAGUGGUCCAAGUAAACACCAUAACAAACGUUGGCGCUUAUUACAGUGAAGACGAAACAGAUGCUCAGCAGCAUGAGGAAAGUCCUGAGGCAGAGCAGAACCCCUCUGCUGAGUCAGAUUCUGAAAACCAGCAGGAGAUACAAGGAGCAGGUGCUGCCAGGUUUUCUGCUGACACAGCCCAAUCAAAAACUAAACGCACUGAAUCCAAUUCAUCUAAGUCAAAGCAUAAACCCUUAACAGGGAAUAAUAACCUCCCACAAGAUGAAGUGAGCAGAGAAGGUGCAGCACACAGAUCUCUACCAGCAGAAAGACAGCCUCAUGUUGAGCAUUCUACAUGCACUAAUGGGAUGGUGCAUAUUCACAUGCGACAUAAAUUGGUCCUGGAACGUGAAGAGGAGACCUCUUCUGUCUCACUGACGAACCUUCCUGUUCAGGAGACAAGGCCGGCUCUGGGAGAGUAGACUGCUUCUUUAGGUUCAUCAUGGUGCAGGAGAUGGGAAACUAUGCCAAGGUUUAAAUGUUAAUUAGCCUUUUGUAAUUUAAAAUAGAAAGAACACAAUCUUUAAGAUGUUGAGACAUUUUUGUGACUCUUUACUAGAAGGCUACUGACAACUUCAUUCUGAUUUCCAGCAGCAGGAGUUGGCCAAGUCAGAAAUGUCCCUUAGUAUUUGGUAGAAAAGAAAAAAGACAAAAUAAUAUUAGUAUUAGAUAUAUGCUUCCCACAAAAAGAUUUUAGUAUGUUCAUUCAAGUGUGCUGGAUAUGUUAACAGGUAAUGCUGUGCCAAAACGUCAGUUAUAUAAGGAUGUUUACACUGUCCCCAAAAUGGCAAAGUAUAGCGUUUUGGUAUUUGCACUUUAUUCUUUUAUUCUCAGGUAUAUUGAAGGGAUUAAUACAUACUGAAACUUGGGUCUCUUUUUUUUUGAUAUCAGGAAUUUCCACCUAGCUACACAUUUGUAUUUGACCAAGAAAUAAAUUUUAGUUGUUGUCCACUUCAUUGCUCUCUCCAACAUGAUGUUAAACAUCCAAACUGAUGGAAUGGAUGGAGAGUGGUCUGCAGUAGAUAUCAUGAAUUACAUUUUUUUAAUUAAUAAGGAUAGGCCCUUAAACUUCAGUAAUGUUUGUGCAAGUUGUAGCCAGGUAAGGACAAUUUUAAGUCUUCGUGUUACCGCAACAGGUGAAAGUUGCCAAAAAGUAAGUUUUGUCCUCAAACACAAGUGCAACUGAGUGUUUGAAAACGGUAUCUCAUUUUGAUUCACCACACUCACUCUGGAAAUGUCACUUAAUCAGUAUCACAGCAGAGGGCAGCUAAUUUGCUGCAAUCCAAGACGAAGAAAUGUAGUCCAUUUCUACAGCUUGAAGAGAUGGUUUCUUGUCAGGUGGGGGUAUAAUAAUACCAAACCAUCUAGGCAAACCAUGUCACAUGGGAGGUAUUCAUUUACUUAAUGUAAUUAGAACUCAGUGUUUGUUUUUCCAUGUUUGUUCAAGAUGCUGUGUCUCUUGUACAGAGUAAAACAUACAAAUACAAAAACUCCUUUGCAAUCCAAUAAAAAUUUUGAAAGUUAAAA